AUGGACGCAGAUAUAACCAACGCAACCCGAUCUCAUCUAAUCCGAUUUUCUCUACAGACGGCAACAUCAUCAUUAUCAGAAGGACAAUCUCGACUAGUCGACAUUUUCAACGACGUCAGAGCUUCACACCCCACCUACAAUAGAAAGCUCAAGGAACUCGCCGCCCUCCGCUUGUCCUCGCCUCUGCCGGAAUUCUGCACUGUCGUACGUCUACAGCCGAGCGCAUCAUCAAUUUUGCGUCCCUGUUUGACUGCUCGCACAGGCUAUUGUGACCUGGGCAUCGGAGGUGGGUGGGGGAGGGCGAUCGGCGGCGAGGACAGCGGAGGAGGCGGAGUCGUCUUCAUCGUGAUCGUAGAAUUCUUGUCGUCGAUGAGGUCCCCGUUUUCAUUGAAGUGGUCAAGGGCGGCGAGGUUAUCGACCGAGGCCAUCGGAGAAUGUGGUGAGUUUUUGCCAAUUUUUGUCCACACAGACACCCACACACAUCAGAGCCGACCCCUCGCCGACGACCGACGACCGCUGCCACCACCAUCAGCAGUCCUCCUCCGCCUACCGCAGUCGACCGUCAACAGCCAGUCGAGCAAGUCGCCGCCGACAUUCCACCAACGCCACCAACAAUCUCCAGCACACUCGCCAGUGCCACCAUUCCCCGUUACCCCUGCAACUCGACGGAUCGCUGUCGUUUCGCCGCGAGGGUAUCGUACACAUUCGCCGAAUAAUAGCCAGAAAUUAAGCUCCGCAGAUCCGCUGAGGAAGUGGAGCCGUCAUCGUACUUGCCGGAAUCCUGGCGAUCCGACACGUUGA